GAUUUAUGCAUGUAAUAAAAUACACAGAAAAAUCAACGGCGGUGAACGGGGGGAAACCUUCACACGAGACAAAAACGCGUCUACGCGGAGAGCCACGACAGUGACAAUAAAAUCCGUUCUUGUCCUAUGCAAAACAUAAGGCUUAGCUUUAGUGGGUGUUGUUGCAUUUGUAUUUCGGUAAUUUUGAGGUUUAUAGAAAGUUUUAUAGUUUUGGCAUGUUUGUAAAUCUCGCGUGAUUACCGCCAUAUUUUGGUUAACAAAUCUCCAUUUCUCAGAUUCACUCUCAUUUGCCGUGUACGGACUUCUACGCUACUUUGUAUUGAUUCAUUGUAUUUGUAUUCGGCACAUCAAACCAGAGUAUAGUUUGCGCUUCUCGAUACAGCCAUUCUUUUUUUUUUUCUCUUUUUUCUUUACUUUCUUUUCAGAUUCCCGGGUAUCAGUUCUUCUUCAAGUGUUGAUGAUUUCAGGAGUUAGGGUUUUGUUAUAAAGAUUGGAAAAUAGAUUGUGGGCAGUGAGAAGAAGUAGUGUGCUCUAGUAUGCAGAAACUUGAAUCAGCUUCAAUCACCAAGGCAAGAAACAAUUUGGACGUUCCCAAUUACGGUGCGAGUCAAAUGGGUCAAUUAUCUCAAAACAUGAGUCCCGAGAACAACAGGAGACCAGGUAUACCUCCUUCACACCCAAAUAAUCCUCUUUCAUUGCCUUAUUCACAGUCACAGAUGAUGGCGUCUCGUUCAAAUGCCAACUUGGGAGCAUCCCAUUAUAGGUCUUUGUCUCAAUCAUCCGGUUUUGAUUGCUUGCCUCCGCUGAGUCCGUCCAAUCCAUUGACUUAUCGUGAAUCACCAGUGUCUGAUACAGUUUCGAAUAAUGUGUAUAUGGAGGAAAGAGUUGGUAAUUCUCAUGGAUUAUCGAUUCCUACUCCUGUUAAUAGAGUUAAUGCUUCGAGGGCUGCUGAGAAUUUGCCUCCUCGUAAAGGACAUCGGCGAUCCAGUAGUGAUAUUCCUCUAGGAUUUUCUGCAAUGAUUCAAUCUUCGCCACAAUUGAUACCGAUUGGGGGUAGGGGAAUAGUUGAGGUGGAAAAGCCAAUUCAGUUGGUGAAACGAGAAUCGGAAUGGAAUGCCAAGGAUGGAAGUAAUAAUGCAGAAGGUAUAAGUGAGAAGAAACCAGAGUUGGUGGAUGAUUUGUUCAGUGAAUACAUGAAUUUGGACAAUAUUGAUACAUUGAACUCGUCUGGUACCGAGGAUAAGGAUUUGGAUAGCAGAGCUAGUGGUACUAAGACAAAUGGAGGUGAAAGUAGUGAUAACGAAGUGGAAAGUCAUGCCAAUGGAAAUUUGACGGGGACUAGUUCAAGUGAGAAGAGGGAAGGUAUCAAGAGGCGUGCUAGUGGAGAUAUAGCUCCGACUGGUAGGCACCAAAGGAGUCUUUCAAUGGAUAGUUAUAUGGGGAAUUUUCAAUUUGAUGAUGAGUCAACAAAGCUUCCUUUCGGAACUCAACUUUCUCCUGGCAGUUCAAUUGAUGUGAACUUAGCUAAGGUGAGCUUGGAGUUGAACGGUGAAUUCAGNUACACAGAAAAAUCAACGGCGGUGAAGGGGGGGAAACAUUCACACGAGACAAAAACGCGUCUACGCGGAGAGCCACGACAGUGA